GUCUAUUUUCUACUUUGAUUUGGAUAUUCGCAGAAUUUGCUCAAUAAAUAGGCUGCCGUGUGAGUUGUAGUGUCUUCAAAACAUAGUGAACAUUUUCGUGUGUUGUGAUGAGUUUUAUAAGUGAUUUUGCAGUUUUUAUUUACAUACGUCGAUAGUGUUAAGUGUUAAAAAUGGCUAAAAAGUCGGAGAACACUGGCGGCAAGCUAGUCACCGUGUCAGUGGUCGGACUUUCUGGCACAGAGAAAGACAAAGGGCAGCUUGGAGUGGGCAAGUCGUGUUUAUGCAACAGAUUCGUACGGACUCACGCAGAUGACUACAAUGUCGACCACAUCUCUGUGUUGAGUCAGUCGGACUUCAGCGGUCGCGUGGUGAACAACGACCACUUUCUGUACUGGGGCAGCGUUCAGAAGGAGAAUGAUGAUCAGGAGUACAGGUUCGAGAUCGUGGAGCAGACGGAGUUUGUGGACGACGCCUGCUUUCAGCCGUUUAAAGCUGUCGGCAAAACCGAAACAUACAUCAAACGCUGCGUGGCCACCAAGCUCCAAUCCGCUGAGAAACUGAUGUACGUCUGCAAGAACCAGCUGGGCAUAGAAAAGGAGUACGAACAGAAGACCAUGCCUGAUGGGAAGCUGAGUGUAGACGGGUUCCUGUGCGUCUAUGACGUCAGCCUGGUUCCUGGGAGGAGCUGGGAGAAGCAGAACGAGAUCCUAGCGGCAAUCCUCCAAAACAUAGUCAAGCUCAAAAAGCCCGUUGUCCUCGUCACAUCCAAGAACGACGAAGCAUGCGAGCAAGGUGUUCGUGAAGCCGAGCGGUUGGUUCAGAGGAAGGAGUUCAAAGGCUGCAUACCCAUCGUGGAGACGUCCAGCCAUGAUAAUGUCAACGUGGAUCAAGCCUUUGUGCUGCUAGCACAGAUGGUGGACAAAUCUAAAGCUAGGAUUAAGGUAGCUAACUAUGCAGAAGCGCUGAGGAUAAGGAGGGAGACCCUGGACUUCGUUACGGAGGCCUUCACGCAGCUCAUUCGGAUACACGUCCAAGAUCAUAAAGAGAUGUGGUCAGCAGCUAGCAAGAGAUUGUGUCACUACGCAGAGUGGAUUAAAUUCGUCCAGCAGUUUGGGAAUGACGGGACACAGGUGGUGUACCGGCGUCACAUCAGAAGACUGAAGGAGGAGCGCUCCGCCAAGAAACUCCGCAAACAGCUGGCCAAGUUGCCCCAGGUGUUGUCCCGAAUGCAGCUGCCUACUGAAGAUCUGCAGGAGAACGACUGGCCCAUGGUAGUCCGACAACUGCGUUCCCACCGCGAUUUCUCCGUGUACUUCAGUGAGGGCCGCGCGCCCGACUCGGGCUCCGAAUCCGGGUCCGACCUCGAGAGUCCGCUCGGUACGGAUACUACUCUGCGAGUGGGCGAACGCGCCACUAGGUAUCAGACUUUGGGCCAGUCCCAGAAGAUACCGUACGAGAUCUUAGAAACCAACGAAGCGGCUUCUGUCUUCAAGACUUACUUGCACGAGGCGCAAGAGGAACAACGAAAUUACGAGUGGUGCCAACAAUUCAAGCGUCUGCUAGAAGAAACCGGUUACGUGACCCCUGGGAAGCAGCUAUCCGAAGUCCGGGUGCUUCUCAUGGGAAGGGAGUGCUAUGAGGCGCUCACUGAGGAGCAGCAGCAGCGGGUCUACGACCAGCACCAGAGGCAGAUACAGAGGCGCGCUAAACACAACCUUCAGUUCCGGGUGCUUCUCAUGGGAAGGGAGUGCUAUGAAGCGCUCAGUGAGGAGCAGCAGCAGCGGGUCUACGACCAGCACCAGAGGCAGAUACAGAGGCGCGCUAAACAUAACCUUCAGGGCAUAAGGAGUAUAGUCGCAUGGCAAGUCCGGGUGCUUCUCAUGGGAAGGGAGUGCUAUGAGGCGCUCACUGAGGAGCAGCAGCAGCGGGUCUACGACCAGCACCAGAGGCAGAUACAGAGGCGCGCUAAACACAACCUUCAGGUUUAUGGACAAGCCAGCAGAAAUUGGCCUAUGAACGACCAGUACAAAAGGUAG